AUGUACUUACUCUUCAGCAAUCAAAAGGACCAUAAACGUCCGACGGUAUUCUGUUGAAAGCAGAUGCUCUACAGCCAAGCGCUGAUGCAUGCAUUCAUCGAGGAAACGAAGCUACGGAGCGAACAGCUUAUGUAAGCAGCAACCUAAGUAGCGCAAACUAAACAGUGUGCCUGUAGUUACAUCACGGUUAUGUAACUGGAAUGGCUGGUUACAUUCAGACGCUUCUCGGCCUUCUUUCUUUGGUUUCAUGUUUAGAGUAGUUAUCAGGCUGCGCAUAAAUCAAAGUACCUAUCAGCAAUUUGCAAUAGCAAAAACAAAUGGCCUCGCUCGCUGUUUAUCUGCGCUUGCAGCUGUCCUCGUUUGCUAUACACCCUCUGCCGUCCUGCUGCGACCAUAGGUCACGGCGAAGUGGGUAUAUAACGCGGGGGACGCCGCCGGUCGUCAGUCGCUGCCUCCGCUCCCAGUCAUGAAGUUGGUCGUGCUGUUGGUCGCGCUGUCACUGGUCUCGGCCGAGCAGAAGGCGGCCACGCCUUUGCAGAUUUCCGUGGCGCUGGGCCACCUGUACCGGCGCUUCCUGCACGCCGUCAGCCCCCGGCAGCUGGAGCUGCAGGAUGCGCUCGACAUGCACUACAGCGACGGCAUGAUGGCCGGUCCGCCGCACCAGGCGUCGGUGCAGGGAACGUUUGAGGGCCAGGAGCGGCCCGUCUACUCGUACAUCACUAGCCUGGCCAACCCCGGUCAGAAGGGGGUCGCUGAUGACGGACCCUGGGUGAAGCAGGACGCCUGUGACAUCGUCAUCGCCUACCACUACGGCGGCCCCAUGAAGGUCCACAUGAUCACCUCUGCUGGACUUCACAAGGAGGUCAUCAUCGGCAACCCUCUGCACGAGAAGAAGGCCAAGGUGGUCGCUGUCGUACCCAAGAAGGCGUACUUCAACGUGGAAUCGCUUUCGGAAGAGAAGGCAAACUUCCAUUCCUACAUCUCAGUGCCAGCUUGGGACCAGGCCGCCUCCACGCACUUCUCCAACCAGGACAUGAAGACCAAGUUCCCGCAGCUGGGACAAAUGUUCGACGACCUGGAGAAGCCUGGAGUGCAUCAUGAGCACGGUCAUGACGAACACCAAGGGGACAGCGACCAUGACGAGCACGCCCACCACGACGGCCAUGGACGCCGCAGCCAUCAUCGGCACUAACUGCUCUGCUGCGGGAGCUCCGCGCAGUGGGGAAGCCGGUGUGACUUUCUUUUAAAUUUUGUUUCCCCGCUAACACAAGGCUAUAAACUGUGGGGGGGGGGCCUCCAGACUUGAUGCUGGAACUUACUGGAGUGCCAUGCUUGGGUGCAAACUAUGCACAUUGUAAUAGCAUUCAAGAUAAUUCGAACGUUAUGUCAUAACUGUUGACCACAUUUCGCACAAAAUAUAUAACGAUUGUUC